UGCACACUUCCUCCUCUUCCCAUUGCCACAAAUUCUAACUGAAGCUUGCUUUUUAUACACUUUUUUUUUUUUCCAUUUUACAAUUUCUCCAUUUCUUCCCCAUUUUCACUGUCAAAUAAUAAUAAAGCAAUAAAAUAAAGUUCGAAUAAAUGCCUCUACUCCUUCCAUCCUCUCCACCAAUCCACUCCUUUCCCGCCACUCCACAGCUCGACUUCCGUUCAAAACCUCCGCCACCACGCCUCAUCACACGCUCCACCCGGCGGCUCGACGUUGAUGCUUUCACUCAGAAAUCAGGUUACCUUUUCGAGCUCACUGCCUCGGAGGCUGAGUCGUUAACAGAUUACAGCCCCUCAAGAAUCGCCGCCAUUUAUAGAAGAAAACCUCUGAUUUUGUUGCGUCGGCUUAUUCAAAUUGGUACUACUUUUGGAACAUGGUUCGGAGUUCGAUAUAUUGAUAGUCUCAUGGAACGAUCCGAUCAAAUGUUCAAGGUUAGAGCUGCUGAGCUUCGGAAAAUUUUGGUGGAACUUGGGCCGGCCUACAUCAAAAUUGCUCAAGCUAUUUCAUCUCGACCUGAUUUGAUACCGCCAUCAUAUUUGGAUGAACUCUCAUUAUUGCAAGACCAAAUAACUCCAUUUUCUACCGAAGUUGCUUUUGAUACUAUAGAAAAAGAACUGGGUUUACCAAUAGAUGAGCUUUUCUCUGAGAUUUCACCAGAGCCAGUUGCAGCAGCAUCCCUUGGACAGGUAUAUCAAGCUAGGCUUCGUCAUAGUGGACAGGUUGUUGCUGUCAAAGUGCAGAGGCCUGGUGUUCAAGCUGCAAUUUCCUUAGACAUAUUAAUCUUGCGCAUUCUAGCAGGGGUGGUUAAGAAAGCUGGUAAAUUUAAUACUGAUCUUCAGGCAGUUGUUGACGAGUGGGCAUCGAGUCUUUUUCGGGAGAUGGACUAUAGGAAAGAAGCGAAUAAUGGACUCAAGUUUAGACGUCUAUAUGGUGGUAUAAAAGAUGUUUUUGUUCCAAACAUGUAUAUGGAGCACACAACUCGUAGGGUCCUUGUUAUGGAAUGGGUGGAGGGGCAAAAGUUGUCAGAAGUGGAGGAUCUUUACUUGGUUGAGGUAGGAGUUUACUGCUCAUUCAAUCAACUUUUGGAGAAUGGGUUCUAUCAUGCUGAUCCACACCCAGGAAACCUUUUUCGUACAUAUGAUGGGAAACUCGCUUAUAUAGAUUUUGGUAUGAUGGGUGAAUUUAAACAAGAAUUCAGAGAUGGAUUUAUUGAAGCUUGUCUCCAUCUUGUAAACCGUGACUUUGAUGCACUGUCCAAAGACUUUGUCACUCUUGGGCUUCUUCCACCAACUGUGGAAAAGGAGGCCGUCACAAAAGCUUUAACAGGUGUCUUCCAAGAUGCAGUCGCCAAAGGAGUCCAGAAUAUAAGUUUCGGUGACCUUUUAGGAAAUUUGGGAACUACCAUGUACAAGUUCAAAUUUCGUAUACCUUCAUAUUUUUCUCUUGUCAUUCGUAGUCUUGCUGUAUUGGAGGGAAUUGCAAUAAGUUCUGACCCAAAUUACAAAGUUUUGGGUAGUACAUAUCCAUGGAUUGCUAAAAAAGUAUUGAGUGACAGCUCACCUCAACUGAAGUCUUCUUUGCAAGCUCUUCUUUAUAAGGAUGGUGUUUUCAGAAUUGAUCGUCUGGAAUCACUAUUGACAGAGUCCCUUCGUGCUCGAACUGAGAGGGCCUUGGUUAAGAAGCAAAGAGAAGAAGCAAAUUCCAGGGUGGUUUUUAAGGAAAUCCUUUCUUUCACAUUAACUGAAAAGGGCACCUUUGUGAGGGAAAUAAUUAUUGAAGAACUUGCUAAGGGUUUGGAUGCACUUGGCUUAGCAACUCUUGAUUCAUUGACUUCUGUGGCUACAACAAGCAUACCCUUUACUGCUUCCUCCUCGUUCUCUUUGAUGACCAAGGAAGACAUGAUGAACUUGAGAACAUUGCGCCGCCUCAUGUUUUUGUUGUCAGGUUUUGAAAGUGAUGAAAAACCCUUUAAGGAAGUUAAUCGAGUUAUGAGCCCAAACAAUAAUCAAAGGGCAUACAUAGAGGAAGAAGCAUCACUGUUUUCCUAUCAGCCUGCAUCAGUUUCAGAAAUUCUGACUGUUCUUUCUAUUAUUCCUGAGCUGCCGCCAGAAUUGCAGCAGCGGUUGCUUCGCUUACCAGCUGAUCUGGCUGGAAGGUUGAUUUCCCGUGCUUCUGCCAGGACUAUCCAGAGGAUCUUUUUAUGAUGUCAAGUCGCAAUUCCAUAACAAGCACAAAGGAUCUUUAAACUUGAAAGUUGAGGCUGAUUACUGGGAAAAAGGUGCAGCUGGGCAUCAUAGGAGAAGAUUACAAGUCUCAAGGUUGUCAUGUAAGAUACCAAUAUCCAGGUACAUAUAAAAUAGUGAAAAAUUUUGCAAAAAAAUCACCAGCAUUCCUACUGCAAUUAGCCCUUGUUUUGAUUUUUCUAAGUUAAUAAUAUAUUACUACUUUUUAUUCCAACAAUGGCUGUAUGGUAAGUGCCCAAUCCAAAUGAGUAUCAAGUGUCCUUACAACUUAAUGGCGUUUUCUCUUUUGCCACUUUUUGUUCAUAAAUGACACUUAUUUCUUAUA